AGUUCCUUUGCUAAAGUGUGAAAGUAAUGUUCUUUGAGUAACAUGCUAAGCAAGCGGAACCAUAGUCACUCCGCCUCUUGUUUCCUCCCGGUAUAGGACUGAGGGUCCAACCCGGAAGAGUUGCUUUCCAGGCUGAAACGCACGGCUAUCCCCAUGGCUUUGGAAGGGAGAACGCUAAAUUUUAACGUGGGUGUCUUGGGCCAUAUUGACAGCGGGAAGACAUCGCUGGCCAAAGCCCUGAGCACCACUGCUUCUACCGCUGCUUUCGACAAAAACCCGCAGAGUAAGGAGAGAGGGAUCACUCUGGAUCUCGGCUUCUCUUCCUUUUCUGUGCCAAUACCGGAGCACCUCGCCGGGACCGGCUACCAGCGGCUGCAGUUUACCCUGGUGGAUUGUCCUGGCCAUGCUUCCCUCAUCAGAACUAUUAUCGGAGGUGCCCAGAUCAUUGACUUAAUGAUGCUGGUGAUAGACGUGACAAAAGGAAUGCAGACACAGUCUGCUGAAUGCCUUGUCAUUGGGCAGAUUGCCUGCAACAAGAUGGUGGUUGUCCUGAAUAAGAUCGACUUACUCGCAGAGAAUAAGAGGCAGGCAGCCAUAGAUAAAAUGACUAAGAAAAUGCAGAAGACUUUGGAGAACACUAAGUUUCAUGGGUCUCCUAUUAUCUCGGUGGCUGCAAAGCCUGGGGGUCCAGAAGCCCCGGAGUCUGUAACUGGCCUGGGCGUCUCUGAUCUGAUAGAGCUAUUGAUGUCUCAUACCUACCUGCCUCAAAGAGACCCCCAGGGCCCCUUCCUCAUGGCUGUUGACCACUGUUUCUCCAUCAAGGGUCAGGGUACGGUGAUGACCGGCACAAUACUCUCAGGAUCCAUCAGCCUUAAUGACAACGUAGAGAUACCAGCGUUAAAGGUUACCAAAAAGGUGAAGAGCAUGCAGAUGUUCCACAAGCCGGUCAGCCAGGCAGUACAGGGAGAUCGUCUGGGUAUUUGUGUGACUCAGUUUGACCCUAAGCUGCUGGAAAGAGGACUUGUAUGUACUCCAGAGUCUUUGCACACUAUUCAUGCAGCUAUAAUAUCUGUAAAUAAAAUACCAUACUACAAAGGAUCCCUACAAACCAAGGCCAAGUUUCACAUAACUGUCAGCCAUGAAACAGUCAUGGCAAAAGUGACUUUCUUUAGCCUCCCCCCUGCCAGUUUCAAUGAAGAAUUGCCAGCGAAUGUGUUUGAUUUCGGGAAGGAGUAUCUGUACCAGGAUGGCUACAUUUCCAAAGACUCCAAGAACUCAGAGCAGAACAAAGUGGACAACCACCAAGGAGAAGAAGCCAUACCCAAGCAGCAGUGGGCCCUCUUAGAAUUUGAAAAACCCGUGACGUGCCCCAAGUUGUGUCUUGUUAUUGGCUCCAAGUUAGACACCGACAUCCAUUCCAACACCUGUAGACUUGCCUUUCAUGGUGUCUUGAUAGAAGGUGUAGAAGAUAAAAAUUAUUCCGAGAGCUUCCUGCCCAAUCUCAAAGUCUAUAAAUUAAAGCACAAGGAAGGGCAGGUAGAACGGGUCAAUGACGAUUACUGUAUCAUCGGCCGUUCCUUGUUCAAGAAGGAGACCAACAUCCAACUGUUCGUGGGGCUGAAGGUGAAACUCUCUACAGGAGAGGACGGUGUCAUUGAAGGAAGCUUUGGACAAAGCGGUAAAUUUAAAAUACGAAUACCAAAUGGCCUGCAGCCAGAAACAAAGAAGAUGCUGACGGCCUCCAGCAAGAAGCGGCUGAAAGGAAAAGGGGAUGCGGAUCCAGCUAAGGAAGAGGAGGUCCGGCAGGAUAACCAGCCCAUACUCAUCACCCUGUGGUUCAAACGAUACAUGUUUGACCCCCAGAAAAAAAUGAUUCAGUCUUGAUUGACACUGUGCUGGAGGGUCUCUGCAAUCCCCCUAGGGGCGGAGCCAUAGCAUGAGGUGCCUUGCAGCUUGGUCACAUGGCCACGGCAUUGUAAUUCUGUUUAUAAGUGAAAUUCUUUUCUCAAUGAUUACUGAUGUACAGCAUGAGGUUAGCUGGUUUACCUUUUAAAGAUUUACUGUUUCUUUAAUAAAGAAACAAAAAAAAAAUAA